AUGGCGACUCCAGACGAGAAAAUCGCUCCCGAGAAGCAGCCUACCACCGUCGAAGGUGCCGACGACAAUGUCUCCAUCUCACGGAUCAAGUCAAUCACCCAGGGCGAGAUCGUCUCGCUGGAUGCCUCCGAGGUCUUCCUCCGCGAACACAAUUUUUCUGACGAGUAUCUCGCCGAGCUUCUGGCCGAUGCGGACAAGAACAAGCGACUCGUUCGAAAAAUUGACAUGAUCGUCCUGCCACUCCUCGCUGGCACCUACGUGCUGCAGUACAUCGACAAGCAGGCCAUGUCCUAUGCCGCCGUCUUCGACCUUUUUAGCAGCACCGGUAUCACGCAGGACCAAUAUGCGUGGUUCACUUCUAUGUUCUACCUCGCCUACCUAGUCGCCGAGUAUCCUUGGAUGUGGGCGGCCCAGAAGACACGAAUGGCCAAGAUCGUGUCUGCCUGCGUGGUCGGCUGGGGUGCAAUAUUGAUGAUCACGGCGGCAUGCCACAACUUCGCUGGAUUUGGAACGUGCCGUUUCCUAUUGGGUAUCUUCGAAGCUCCAAUCACAACCUGUUUCAUGAUGAUUGUUGCUAUGUGGUAUACACGCCCAGAACAACCAUUCCGCGCUGGUGUCUUCUAUUGUUGUAACGGAUUUGGUUCGAUGAUCGGCGGCCUUUUGACCUAUGGCAUAGGACAAAUCGAGACUUUUCCUGUCUGGAAGGCCAUCUUCCUCCUCUGCGGCGGAGUCACAGUCAUAUGGGGCAUUGUCAUGCUACUCUUUCUGCCCGACUCCAUCCUGACCGCAAAGCGAUUUACCCUCGAAGAAAAAGCCUUGCUCAUCGCACGUGGCCGACUUGCCAAGACAGGUAUUCUCAACAAGACAAUCAAAUGGGCGCAAGUUGGCGAGGCCUUCGCCGACCCACAAGUCUGGCUGCUGUUUUCCUUCGUGCUCUUUAACGAGGUCAUCAACGGUGGCUAUGCAAGCUUCGGAAAACUCAUCGUCAAGGGUCUCGUCACAGAUCCUCUCAAGACAACCGCCCUUGGAAUUCCGCAAGGCGCAUUCCAAGUCAUUUGGAUUCUAUCCGGCACCUACAUUGCCUCCCACUACAAGAACCAACGGACCACCGUGAUGGCGCUGUACAACAUACCCACCAUCAUCGGUGUCAGCCUUAUCUGGAAAAUGGACCGCUCCGAUUAUGCCAACAAGAUUGGCGUGCUGAUUGGUUAUUACAUCUCCGGCUCCUACGUCGCUUCGCUCGUCCUGGCUCUGCAGAUGCCCUCUGCCAACCUGGGAGGGUAUACUAAGCGCACAUCAUCGUCUGCGCUGGUGUUCUUGGCAUACUGCGCUGGAAAUGUCAUCGGCCCACAUGCGUUCUUACAGCAGGAGUCGCCCUACUACAGAACGGGCUGCAUCGUGAUUCUGGCCUGUGCUGUGGCGCAGGUAUGCUUGGCUUUGGGUUUGAGGAUGUUGUUACAGAUGAGGAAUAAGAGGAGAGAUGACGCUGCUGCGGCGGCGCAAACUCAACAUGACGACGCCUUUGAUGGUGCCGAUGCAACAGAUUUUGAAAACCCUGAGUUUAGAUACUUACUCUAA